AUGCCCUCCUACCAGCCUGGCAAGAUGCCCGCGCUGUGGCCUUGGUGGUUCCAGCUUCUCCUUUGCAUCCUGUCGUCCGUAGCGGUCUUGCCCGGCCGGGCAAGCGAGCUGAAAGUCUCCACCCAGAUGGGUUGGGUGCGUGGGCUGAGCCUGCCGGUUCUCGACGGCCACGUCUCGGCCUUCCUGGGCGUCCCCUUUGCGGAGCCUCCCGUGGGCAGGAUGCGCUUCCUGCGCCCCGAGCCGGUCAAACCCUGGCAGCACGUCCUGGACGCUACUUCCUAUCGGCACGCCUGUUACCAGAUGGUGGACAACAGCUACCCGGGCUUUCACGGCACGGAGAUGUGGAACCCCAACCGGGGCAUGAGCGAGGACUGCCUCUACCUCAACAUCUGGGUGCCCUCCCCGCGCCCCAGAGAUGCCCCCGUCCUGGUCUGGAUCUACGGAGGCGGCUUCUACAGCGGCGCAGCCUCCCUGGACGUCUACGACGGCCGCUUCCUGACCUACACACAGAACGUCAUCCUGGUCUCCCUCAGCUACCGCGUGGGGACCUUUGGCUUUUUGGGCCUCCCGGGCAGUCCGGAGGCGCCGGGGAACAUGGGGCUGCUGGACCAGCGCUUGGCCCUGCAGUGGGUCCAGAACAACAUCCAUUAUUUUGGAGGCAACCCCAGCGCGGUCACCAUCUUUGGGGAGAGUGCCGGGGCCGCCUCGGUGGGCAUGCACCUCCUUUCCACCCAGAGCCGCGGCCUCUUCCAGCGGGCCAUUCUGCAGAGCGGCGGCCCCAACGCACCGUGGGCCACCGUCACGCCUGCCGAAAGCCGGCGCCGGGCGGCCCUUCUGGGAAAACAACUGGGCUGCCACUUCAACAACGAUUCCGAGCUGGUCAGUUGUUUGCGCUCGAAAAGCCCACAGGAGCUGAUCGACGAGGAGUGGUCCGUCCUGCCGUACAAGAGCGUUUUCCGCUUCCCCUUCGUCCCGGUCAUUGACGGGAACUUCUUUCCGGACACCCCGGAGGCCAUGCUGAGUUCGGGCAACUUUAAGGACACCCAGGUGUUGCUGGGCGUGGUGAAGGACGAGGGCUCCUAUUUUCUGAUCUACGGGCUGCCGGGCUUCAGCAAGGACAACGAGAGCCUCAUCAGCCAGGCCGACUUCUUGGAAGGGGUGCGGAUGGGCGUGCCUCACGCCAACGACAUCGCCACCGAGGCCGUGGUGCUGCAGUACACCGACUGGCAGGACCAGGACAACGGGGAGAAGAACCGGGAGGCCCUGGACGACAUCGUGGGGGACCACAACAUCAUCUGCCCCGUCGUGCAGUUCGCCAAUGACUACGCCAAGCGCAACAACAAGGUGUACGCCUACCUGUUCGACCACCGGGCCUCCAACCUGCUCUGGCCUCCCUGGAUGGGGGUCCCCCACGGCUACGAGAUCGAGUUUGUCUUUGGGUUGCCCCUCAACGACAGCCUGAACUACACGCCCCAAGAGAAGGAGCUAAGCCGCAGGAUGAUGCGCUACUGGGUCAACUUCGCCCGGACAGGGAACCCCACCGACUCCGCCGAUAAGAACGGGGCCUGGCCCACCUACACCGCCUCCCGGCCGCAGUACGUCCAGCUCAACACCCAGCCGCUGGCCCCCCAACCCAGUCUGCGGGCCCAGAUCUGCGCCUUCUGGAACCACUUCCUCCCCAAACUGCUCAACGCCACAGGUGAGCCCCCCGGAAGGGGGGGGAAGGGCUGUGGAGGGACGGGUGCUGGGGACGGGGAGGAAGGCCGCGUCCAGCCUAGCCGGAGGUGGGGAGAGAGGCUCCUCCCGCCU